AGCGGGAACCCGAGGUGGGAGGUGGGAGAGGGGUUUAACAAAGUUGUUACCCAGGCAACAGGGCGACGCACAGCGAGCGGCAGUCUAUUUUCGGAGCCUAGGCUGUGGCCGGAGCAUUGACCAAGAAUAUGGAAUCGGAAAAUGCAGAAGCUGAAAAUAUGGAAAGAGGAAAUUUGGAAGCAAAAAGCAUGGAAGCUAAAAAUAUGAAAGUUGAGACAUUGUCUUCUGUCUCGGCCCUGCAAGCACUGUCCAGUCUACUGUAUCCUGAGGAAGAGGAUGAUUUGGAUGCUGAACAGGGACAACUCGCACCUGCUUUUGGAGCCAUGGGUCCUGGGAAUAUUGGACCGCCUAAAGCCAAAGAGCCCAGAGCCAUCCCUAAAUCCAGUGGUAAUGAAAGUGAGAACAUCUGGAAUCCAGAAGAGGUUCCAGAAGGAGCAGAACAUGAUGAUAUAUGGGAUGUUCGAGAAAUCCCAGAUUAUGAGAUUGUAUUCCAACAAACAGUGGGAACUGAGGACAUAUACCUCGGAUUAACAGGAAAGGAUCCCUCAACAGCAUGCUGUCAGGAGUUGGUGGUGAAAAUUAAACUGCCUGAUACAAACCCUUCUGAAAUUCAGAUUGACAUCCAAGAAACUCUCCUUGAUCUCCGCACUCCUAAAAAGAAGCUGAUAGUAAACUUUCCCCACCCUGUGGAAAGUAACAGUGCUAGAGCAUCCUAUAUCCAGGAAGCUGCAACACUUGAAGUCAGGCUGACCCUGCAAAGGGAGUUUGAUUUCAAUCUUUCCUGAAACUGCAUGAAUAAAGAGAAUAUACGGGAAAACUACAUGGCAGUGAUAACAGUUUUUUAGUCUUUGGAUAUUGGCUGUGUUCUCUUUUGUGUUCUAACAUACUGUAGAAAGAUCCAGAAUUUUAGUGGUGUUUUGAUCAGUUACAGUCACUUCUGUUACUGUAGGAAAUGUAGUUCUCUCGUACAAUAAGGCGCUGUUCCAUUUUUAUAGUGAGAGCUGAAUAAAAUAUUUACAGAUUAACCAACUAGAUUCCAUGAUCAAUUGCUCAGCGCAACUGUGACCAUAAACUAGGUGGCUCACUUACAUCAGCAGUCUGAAGAUCUAGUUAAUUACAUUAUGAUAGAAUCUGCUAUGUAGGGGUUCAUCAUAAUUAUCACCAGAAAAAUUCAUUUGGUUGUUUUUCAUUGAUUUUAUCAAUGAUUUAUGUUGUUUUCUAUCUAUGCCCUCAAUAUUGUUCCUUAACAUAUAGGUAAAAAAGGACUAUAAAUAAUUUGCUGUAUCUUAUGAGCCAUGUUUACUUGAAAAAGGAAUAUUUAUCGAUAUAUCUGUAGAUUCAAGUUUCUCUCAUUUUUAUCUUCCUAAUGGGACAUUCUUAUUUUUAUACAUUGUUCCAGUGUUCCGUGCAUUUUCUGUACUAUUGAAUACGUUUAUCUCAUAACUGUUUAUUAAAAGUUAUAUUUUAUCAUUGUUGUAA